GCGUUUGCCCGUAUGUCACGAAGUAUAUAUGUUAGGCCACGGUAUGUUCCGGGGAUAUGGGUGGCUUGGAAUUCACCUUGUCUUUGUCACUGUUGCAUCAUUCGUUUUUUCUGUUCGACUUCUUCCUUUUGCCCUGUGAUUUAAGGAAGGUGGAUUGUUGUCUUUCUGUCUAUCGGUCUACCUGCCUACCUGCCUGUUUUGGGUUCUUCUGCAAACAACCUAAGACAGUGACUACGUAUCGAUUGUCUCAUACUUCCGCAACCCAACCAAGCAACUACUUGUUGCCUACGGGUAAACACCUACGACCUCACUUCAAACAAACUAUCCAUUUCAUCGACAGACAAACCGUCAUGGGCCAUCGUCACUCGAAAUCCACCGGAUUCGCAUCCACUCGAGGCGUUCAACCCGGGCCCCGAAAUCGAGGGAUUUCUGGACCGAUAUCGAGCGUUACCCCCGAUCUCUGGGCCCCUCCACCGUAUGAGCCGCACACCACGCCUCAACCCUCGGGAAAGGCAGCAGCGCCAUCGCGACCUGACGACUCGGCCUAUUCGUUUCUAGGAGAGUUCGAUACCAUAUUCGUGGUGGAUGACAGUAGCAGUAUGCGUGGAAGCCGCUGGAAGGAGGCUGAAAACGCCAUCGCCGCCAUCGCACCCAUCUGUACGCGCUACGACCAGGAUGGCAUCGACGUUUACUUCCUGAAUCACCGUCGCGAGGCGACGAGGGCCACUGGCGGUGCAUACCUCAAUAUAACCACUGCUGACGACGUGCGUGAAAUCUUCAACUGCGUUGAGCCGUGGGGUCCGACGCCCUUUGGAAAGCGAUUGAACGAUAUUCUGCGCCCAUAUAUACGCCGUGUCGAGAUGAUGGAAGGAAGUUACGGUCCAGGAGUCUCUGCAGAGCCGGUGAAGCCGCUCAAUAUCAUCGCGAUCACAGACGGCGCGUUCACGGACGAUGCGGAGAGUAUCCUGGUGGACGUUGCCAAGCGCCUCGACGACUGUCGGGCGGUGCCGUGGCAGGUCGGCGUCCAGUUCUUCCAAAUCGGGAACGACACCGCAGCCCGCGCUUAUCUGCAGGAGUUGGACGAUGAAUUGGGCAAGAGAGCGCAGCAGGAGCACCUCCGUGACAUCGUCGAUACCGUCCCCUGGAAGGGCAAGUCUGGCCAGACCCUGAGUGCGAAAGGGAUUCUGAAAUGUGUCCUCGGCGCCGUGAAUCGAAAGUACGACAAAUCCGACAACGUUCGGUGAACUCUUUUCCUCGUUUGGCUUGACAUGUUUCUAUUUUUGCAUUGUGUCUUUUCUGUCAUCUCCUGAAAGUGUUUCGGAGUUGGUCUCAGGUGUCGGUUUUUCGGGACUGGUUUCAAUUGGAGGCAAUAUGGCGUGCUAAGCCCAGGUGUCUGGAGUCGAGGCAAGAAGGCGUUGUGAUAUUUAAGAUUAAUGGCGACGCUCAGGGCUGUUGCAGGCCAAACUAGUCUUGUCGCAGCAGGCGCCGUGGUUGCCGCCGAGGGUUCCGGACAGGGAUUCGGCAGGGAUGUGACGCGUUUGAUUUGCUCAUUAAUAUAGCGACGGUUGACUAGUCGGACUUCCUUCAACCCAGUUUUUUUCUGUCAUUCCACCCCUGAUUUUUGUAGCCUUAUCGAGUAGCACCCAUCGCGGUGAAAUCACGAAAGACAUCGUUAUCGCAUCCCCUGAAGUUGUGUUCACCGCCAGGUCAGUGACCGAAGUUUAUUUACCGAUCGACAAGUCGGGAAAAGGAGAGCGAGGCUAGGAAGGCCAGGAACCAAGGGAUUGGUAGGAAAAUCCUGGC